AUGGAGGAGUGCAUCGAUAACGGUCAAAGGCAUUCCGGCAAUGAGAGCGCUGCGCAGUUCCAUGCUACUAUCAACGUCAAGGCUGAUCUCGCUAAGAAUCGAGAGUCCUACAAGGAGCGAAUCGACGAGUUUUUUGACCAAGCACAGCUACGAACGAAGCUUUAUGAAUAUCGUGGAGCGUACUUUGACAUGCCAUAUGAUACGAACAUCAAGGAAGAGCAGAUUCAUUGGAUACUGGAGCAUUUGGGAAAUGGACAUGACAAGGAUGUUGAAACACGUAUCAACCUUACUCGUGCUUUGAUUUACGUGUCUUUGGGCGCUUUUGGUGAUCCCUGCACCGUCAGGAGCGAAUCAGCCCUUUUGAAUGCUAUGGUGUCAAACAACAAACUUCUAUACGCUUCUGGAACCACACAUGUGAUAGGCGUUUUGAUCAACAAAGCCAAUGCGGAUGGGAUCGAAGAAUUGGAUGGAUAUAUCACCGUAUUAUACGUCAUGCUAUCGUCUUGCUAUUACGACCAUGUAUUGAUGGACAGUGAUCAACUCCUCGCACUUCUUGAAUGCUUGAUCAAUAUCCUUUCAGAUAUCACAAAGCCCAUUUCUCCCAAUUAUCCAAUGAAGAAGCUCUUGGCAUUGGUGCACAUGUUGCUAGUUGCUACCUUUGGCACUACUGAUGACGCUGCGGCUAUGAAGCAGCAAAUCAAGGACCUAUGGAAAUCAAAAUCAUGCAACACGUCUGAGCAACCACUGAAAUGCACGCCUCAUGAUCUAUACGAUUUUCGCCGUGAGACCAAAGCAAAAUAUGUUUCUUACCAGCCACCACAAUACCCAUUUGCUGUGUCUUCCGAAGACAACAUUCGAGCAACCAAAGAAAAGAAUGACAUCAUUUACGCAACAACAUCGAUACCAGCAUCGAAUGAUAUGCCUUAUCGUAUUCGCUUUCCACCAAAGCAUCCAGCAAAAACCAUGGAAACCAUCCCUUCCGUCAUUGAAUUCAAAAAAGACCUUGAGCGAUCUCAGUCAACCACGCCAUUCACACAUGGGACACCUACUUCAAUCAAAGAGACUGGUGAUCUGCUGAUAUCCAACAUGCAUAUAUCGGCCUAUGAUCACCAAAUUAUACUGGAGCGGGAUCAUGCAGCAAAACAUAGCCAAAGCGACCAGCAUGACUGUGAAGCCAUCAGUACCAGAGAUCAACACAUUUAUGCAAAGCAGCCUAUCUUACUUGCAGUGGAGAAACUCUACACAAAUAUCAUGCCGAAGCUUCCGAACUUUGUGAACGUACUUUUGGAUCAGCUGGUUACUAUUGCUCCAUCAUCGUCAUCAUCAUCAUCAUCAUCAUCAUCUAUCAUCGAUCCCUUGCGAGAGAGUGUUGGUGGGGACCUACAGGCAGACAACAAUACCCAAAGAAACCGUGAAAUCAUGCGAUCAUCCCUUACAUCCAUCCUACUCUUAUUGCUCAAAUGGUUCAAAUUGUCACAUGCCUUGAAAUUUGAGUACAUGAGCCAAUUACUCGUUGAUUCGGGUUACAUGCUAUUAGCAGUGCGCGCUUUCAUGACGGAGGAUUUAAAGGAGAUCACUUGCAAUUUGACGGAUAAUCGAGCACACGGAUUUUUCGGGCAGAUUCUGAGUCUUGAACCUAGGGCAUGCAAUGGCAACAUAUAUCCACCAUCAUGUUCAACAUCUUCAUCCUCCUCCUCUUCCUCAUUAAUGUCCAAUGUUUCACUUGCCAAGUCUUGGGACGAAUCGAUACCAUGGGCAGCAAACGACGUUAGCGAUGACAUGAAGAUCACCAAUAAGCGUAACGUAUCCUGGAUCCUUGACACUCUACGCAAUUUGCAAAUGAUUACCAAGGGGAAAGUUUGCCGCAACAAGAUGAUGGCUUUAUACAAAUCAUAUAUACCUUUGAAACGCGUUGCACUAGCAAAUCGUGGCACCGAUCUCGAGCUAUAUGCAUUGAAGUUGCUGAAAAGUCAAAUCACCCAUCUUGGUAUCAAAUGGCGUGCAGGCAACAUGAAAUUGAUAUCGGCAAUUUAUCGAAGGUGCUCUCCCAGGCUGCGUGAUGAAUGGCUUACAACAAGAGAAUUUGAUGGGGAUCGUGAUGCCGAGGAUAUGGUGCAUGAAAUGAAUAUUCGAGCUUUGAUUUGCUUUUACCAUGAAACCCGAUAUGCGUUCACAACUUUGUCAGAUACGUCAUGUUUCAAAGCUACAGCAAACGUUGAACCUGAAUCGAAUGGAUGGGGCGAAUCUGACAUGGAUACAACUCAAACACAAUGGCUGUCGCUGGAAAAGGAUACUUCAUUCGAUGAUCGGUGGGACAUUGGCACACCAGCUCCAGACGCAACACCACAACCUAUCACUGUCGACGCAUUAGCUGAUGCCAUCAACCACCUGUAUCUACAACCAGCUAGGAAAUUCAAAACGAAUACUGCAACUGAAGCUGAAGGAGAUGGAUGGGAUGCACCAGCACUGACAACAUCAAACACCUUUUCGUUUGGCAAAAAGCCUACCAGCGACUCGGGUACCGACAGCGAGGAUGAUGACGAUGAUGAUGAUUCGGAAAUGGAACGUAAAUCACAAGAUGAUCCUCUCAAGAACAUUGAUUGGGAAACAUUGACUGAAGACGAGCUGAUGGAUCGGAUGACCAAAGUCAGUGAACAAUGCGAGCAACGAUGGCUAUCGGUGGACAUUGACGAUCCGGCCUAUUGCAAGGUCCUCAUUGAUGUGGAAGGCUAUAACGACAAUGAAGCUGAAGAUGGAGGCAACGUUGAUGACAGCAAAAACGACAAUGCAUGGCAAUGA